AUGUCUUUGAUUUUCAGUGGAUGCAUCAUCACUUUCUCCGGCGUGUUUGAAGCUGGCAACCAUAGCAAACUGCAGACCAUUGUCAAGGAACAUGGCGCAGUCCAUUCUUCUAAUUUAACGAAGAAGACCACUCACCUGGUCAUCACAAAGGAAGACUAUGAAAAGGGAAGUGCGAAAGUUGCGUCCGCGAAAGCAAGAGCCGAAGAGGUGUCGAUUGUAACUUGGCGGUGGGUUGAGGAUUCUAUUAGUCAAAAAUGUAAACUUGACGAAUCCAAGUAUUUCCUUACUGCGGACGCUAACGAUGGCGACGUCGAUAUGAACGAUGCAAGUGGAGUCGACAAAGACGACAAACAAUCAUCGAAAGGUGAGGUCUCACGCAAAAGAAAACGGACAGUUAAAGCCGAGGAAUCCGAUGCAGCCGACGAAGUUUCUACCAUUGUCGCCUCCUCAAGUUCACAAGUGGUGACGACCAAGAAAAAAAGGAAAACAAAAGCUGGCACAUCUUCUACCGGUGAUCAAACCGAAACCGUCGAUGUUAAGGUUGUUGAGGAAAAAAAAAUGGUGACAAUAAUCAAGAAAGGACGAGCUCCCGUUGACCCCUUGUUUCCGGAGAAGAAUUGUACUCAUGUUUACUCGGAUGACACGAUUGUAUGGGAUUGCCUUCUCAACCAAACCAAUGUCGCUGAUAAUAACAACAAAUUCUUUGUCAUUCAACUUUUGAAGCACGACUCUGCGAAUAUGUACUUCGUUUUCACCAGAUGGGGCAGGGUUGGGUAUGAUGGUCAGAAAUCUACCUUGGGUCCCCUCCACCAAUUGGAGAUGGCGAAAAGGGAGUUUGAGAAGAAGUUCAGGGACAAAACUCGCAAUUCUUGGAUUGAGGUAUGCCAAGAUGGCACCAAAUUUGUUGCCUAUAAGGGCAAGUAUACCUUGCUGGAACGUGAUUAUGGUGAUGAUUGCGAAGACACUAAGGACGAAGUUGAUUGUACGAAGAAAGGAAAGGGUAAGGUCGAAUCUGCGGAACCUCCGGAAGUCCCCGAAUCUAAGCUUCAUCCAAAGGUCCAAGAUAUAAUUAGAACAAUAUUUGAUAUUAGUGCCUUUAGUAAUACGAUGGUUGAGUUAAAUUACGAUGCGACUAAAUUGCCCUUGGGUAAACUCUCGAAAAACACCAUAAUCCAAGGAUACCAAGUACUUAAGAAGAUCGAAGCCGUUUUGACCGGUAAAGAUUCGUACAAUAUAGAAGAACUCAGCAAUGAUUUUUACUCUGUCAUUCCACACAAUUUUGGUAUGAGAAAACCCGCACUUAUCAACUCCGAAGCGAUUCUAAAACAGAAGUUAGACAUGGUCGAGGCUCUGGGAGAAAUUGAGAUCGCCACCUCCUUGAUUAGAUCGUCUGAUAACAACAUGAAUGAACUAGAUUCUCAUUACAAUUCCCUUCGUCUAGAGAGGAUGGUGCCUUUGGAUCACGAUUCUGAGGAAUUCAAACUCCUGCUCAGAUACGUCAAAAACACGCAAGGCGCCACGCACAAUAGUUAUACGCUCGAAAUUCUUGACGCCUUUGACAUUGAACGAGAGGGGGAAAGAAGUCGAUAUGAAAAGUAUAGCAAUCUGCACAAUAGGAUGCUACUCUGGCAUGGUUCUAGGAAAACAAAUUUCGCCGGAAUUCUAAGUCAGGGAUUGAGAAUCGCGCCCCCACAUGUUCCAUGCACGGGAUAUAUGUUUGGUAAAGGUGUUUACUUUGCCGACUGUGUCUCCAAGUCCGCAAAUUAUUGCUACACGAGUAAUCGUGAUAAUGUCGGUUUUAUGUUACUGUGUGAGGUGGCUUGUGGUGAUAUGUUGGAGUUGGUGCAUGGAGACUUUAAUGCCGGCGAGGUGGCAAAAAAACAGGGCAAACACUGUACUAAAGGAAUGGGUCAAACUGUCCCUGAUCCUAAGGAUUUCUUUUUAUUGGAAAAUGGUACCACUGUGCCCUGUGGCAAUGGAAAAUGCAUUAAUCUCGAUAAAUUUCUUAUGUAUAACGAAUAUAUCGUUUAUGACGUUGAUCAGAUCCUCCAGAAGUAUUUGCUCAAGGUUAAAUUUAAUUAUAGAUGGUAG